UGAAGAUCAAAACUGACUACCUUUCAUCAUGUAGCAUCCACGCAGCAUCGUGGUGGAGAGGCUGGUCUGCUGCUAGAAAGCACAGGUUCCAGAUCUGAUGCGGCCACCUAUGGGGAUGCAAGUUGGGAUGGUCCCUACAAUCUGUAUUUAGGGUCUUCUCACCUGUAAAAUGACAACAGUACUUAUCUCAGAGUUGAAGAUUCAGUGUUGUCACAGAGAAAAAUCUUACUAUUUAUGGAAACACUGGCUAAUGAAAAAUGCAUGGAGGGGGUAUUUCUGAAUGAGGAGGGAAUUUCAACUGUCAUGUCACCAGUAAUACAAAUCUCGUUUUCCUGCAGCACCAUCUCACCCAAAUAUGACUCUCAGGAUCUGCCUGGAAUGGCCUCCAGGGAUGUGGCAGUAGGAGUUAUCGUCUUAUCCCAAACCGUCCUUGGGAUCCUAGGGAAUUUCUCUUUGCUUUAUCACGAUGCCAUCGUUCACUUCCGGGGAUGCAGAUUAAAGCCCCCAGAUUUGAUUCUCAGGCACCUGAUUGUUGCCAACACCUUGACACUCCUUUCCAGAGGCAUCCCCCACACCUCGGCAGUCUUUGGGCGGAAGCAUCUCCCCAGUGACAUCGGAUGCAAAGUGGUUUUCUAUGUCCACAGAGUGGCCAGGGGUAUGUCCUUCGGUGCCAUGUGUCUCUUAAGCAUCUUACAGGCCAUCACGAUCAGCCCCAGAAGCUUCAUAUGGACAGAUCUUAAAGCAAAAGCUCCCAGGUACACUGGCCUCUCCAUCUACCUGUGCUGGACUUCGCACCUUCUUGUAAAUACAGUUGUUGUCACAUACGUGACGGGUAAAUGGAGCAGGGUGAAUAUCACGAGGGAAAAAGAUUUGGGCUACUGCUCUAGCACGCUUUUGGAUAAAAGCACAUCCACGCUCUUUGCGGUUUUCUUAAGCCCGCCAAGCACUUUGUCUUUCGGACUCAUGGUCUUGGCUAGUGGAUACAUGGUUUUCAUCCUGUACAGACACAACCAGCAAGUCCGACACAUGCACCGGACCAGCCAUCCAACCAGAUCCUCUCCUGAGUGCAGGGCGUCCCAAAAAAUCCUUGCCCUGAUGAGCACCUUUCUAUCCUUCUACUGCCUCACCGCCGUUCUUGUAACUUACCAGGUGACUUGCAGGGACCCCAGCUGGUGGCUGAUGAACGUCACAGGGCUUCUGCACUCCUGCUUCCCCGCUCUCAGCCCCUUUCUUCUCAUGAGCCCAGACACCUCUGUAGCCAGGCUCUGCUUGGCCUGCUGCAGAAGGACCACCCAAGUCCCUCAUCGGGUCAGAAAACCCUGA